AUCCACAUGCCUGGCUUACCUCCAUCCUCCUCCUGCAUGCCCACCUCUAUGUGCUUGAUCUGUGCUUCUCAACCUCUCCAUAUCUCUUUCAGAUAUGCACACAGUACUCAUCUCCUUUGGUCAUAAUCACCAUUUUAGUCCAGUUUGUUUUCUGUCUCUGAAGGAAUUAAGUUCAGAAACAAUCUAUUACAAGUCUUCCAAGUGAUCGAUAUUAGGGUUUCUGCGUGUGACACACACACUAACCUCCCUUCUACUUCUAUAAAAAGGCUUUAAAGCUUCUGAGCCAUACAAGAGAUCAAGAGAAGCAUCGACCCCUUGCCUUCUCCUUCCUUCCAAGGAUCGGCAUUGAUGGAUCAGCACUCCUCUCUUAAGCUCCUCGGCUCAUGGGCCGACUCCCACACCCACCGCGUCCAGCUCGCUCUCAAGCUCAAAGGCUUGGAGUUCGACUACCAGGAGGAGGACGUCGUCAACGUCAGCCCCGCCCUCGUCCUCCACAACCCCGUGUACAAGAAGGUCCCUGUCCUCCUCCAUAAAGACCGCCCCGUCGUCGAGUCCGUCAUCAUCCUCCAGUACAUCGACGAGACCUGGGCCGGCAACCCGCUUACGCCCGCCGACCCCUUCGAGCGCGCCGUUGCCCGCUUCUGGUGCCACUUCGCUGAGGAUAAGCUUGCGCCGGCGGUCGGAGCGGUGUUUUCGUCGUCAGGCGAAGGCCAGAAGGCGGCCGUCGACCAAGUCCACGAGAACCUGAAGCUACUCGAGUGCGAGAUAAGGGACGGUGCAUUCAAGGGCAGGAGGUUCUUUGGAGGCGACAAGAUCGGUCUGUUGGACAUCGUCCUCGGGUGCGGCUCCUACUGGCUCGCCGUGUUCGAAGAAGUGAUGGAGGUGAAGCUCGUCGACCCUGAAUCCUUCCCUGCGUUCCAUGCAUGGCUGCGAGACUUCGAGGAGCAGAAUGAGGUGAAGGAGACCAUUCCGGCCAUCGACAAGUUGCUCGAGUAUGCCAGAGGCGUCCGGCAAAUGAUGCUGAGCCUCAGUAGUAGCACAAGCACCAGCGUUCCUGCUACUGCUGCUGCCAACGCCACCGGCAACGAUGAUGUUGCUGUUGACGCCAUUGACGGUAGCAGUGGCUGAUGAGUUAGGCCUUGCUGGGAUCAAUCUGUUUUCAGUAGGAUGCAGUGCAGUGUCUCUUUGUAGUAUGUUCAUCGUUUGUUGCGUGAAGUCAUGAGAUCCGAUCGAUGUUCUACAUCUAGUAUCUAGUAAUCAAGAUUUAAGGUUUGGUCA